AUGACAGUCCAUGUUACGCAAUACUUGUCGUUCCCUUGGGAAUUCGUUACCUCACUGUUUUGGAAAAGAUAUCCUAAUCCUCAUGCAAAGCACGUCUUGUCCGAGGAUGUUUUGGAAAGAUAUCUCUUAUCAGAUGGAACGUUAUACACUAAACGGCUGUUAACUAAGAAAAUAUCAAAGAGGAUACCAUUUUGGUUGCUCAAGUUUUUUCCCAAAGGUCAAGUGUCGGUUGUUGAAGAGUCCAUUAUCGACGUUAAUCGUCAACGUGUCGAUGUUGUCUCCAAAAAUUUCGGUAUUUAUAAAAAGUACCUGCUUGUAGGAGAGUACUGCUCGUUGGUACCAUCAGACGAUUAUUCCGUAACAAAAAUUUCACGCAUACUUUCACUUGAAUCCAAUCUAAAAGGUAUUUUACGUUCAGCUCUCAUGAAAACAUCUCAAACCUACUAUAAUUCCUCAUAUAAGGAUACUUAUUUGGGUUAUAUGUAUCUUUGUAAUACGUAUAGUAACAUAUACAGUUCGAAAGAACGACAGUCACCAACAAAUGAUGUACCUAAAAGUUCUGUCAGAACGUUUAGUACAAAUGAAACACAAGAAUACACUUCGUCGAAACUACCGCGAGUAGUCAUGGCAGAUUCCGGAUAA